AUGGCUCCGCUCCUGCGGCAGCUGGCCGCGCUGCUGCUCGCGGCGUCCGCAGCCGCGGCCGGCGGCGACACCGUGGAGGUCGGCGUCAACUGGGGCUCGCAGCUCUCGCACCCGCUGCUGCCGGAUUCGGUGGUGAAGAUGCUCAAGGCGAACGGGAUCGCUAGGGUCAAGAUGUUCGACGCGGACCCCUGGCCCGUCGGCGCGCUCGUCGACUCCGGCAUCGAGGUCAUGCUCGGCAUCCCCAACGACAUGCUCGAGACGAUGAACAGCUACGGCAACGCGGAGGAUUGGGUCAAGGAGAACGUCACCGCCUACGGCGACAAGCUCAAGCUCAAGUAUGUGGCAGUGGGAAAUGAGCCUUUCCUCAAGGCCUACAACGGAUCAUUCAUGAAGACGACAUUUCCGGCGCUGAAGAACGUCCAGAAGGCACUGGACGAGGCCGGCGUCGGCAACAAAGUGAAGGCGGUCGUCCCGCUCAACGCCGACGUCUACGUGUCCCCCGACGACAAGCCUUCCUCCGGCGCGUUCCGGCCGGACAUCAACGACCUCAUGACCGACAUGGUGAAGUUCCUGCACGACCACGGAGCGCCCUUCGUCGUCAACAUCUACCCCUUCCUCAGCCUGUACCAGAGCGACGACUUCCCCUUCGAGUUCGCCUUCUUCGACGGCGGCAGGAACAUCCAGGACAAGGGCGGCGUCAGCUACUCCAACGUGUUCGACGCCAACUACGACACGCUCGUGAACGCGCUGAAGAAGGCCGGCGUGCCCAACCUCAAGGUCAUCGUCGGCGAGGCCGGCUGGCCCACCGACGGCAACAAGAACGCCAACCUCAAGCUGGCGCGCCGCUUCUACGACGGCCUCCUGAAGAAGCUGUCAAAGAACGACGGCACCCCGGUGCGGCCGGGCAAGAUGGAGGUCUACCUGUUCGGCCUCUUCGACGAGGACAUGAAGAGCAUCGCGCCGGGCAACUUCGAGCGGCACUGGGGCAUCUUCACCUACGACGGCAAGCCCAAGUUCCCGAUGGACCUGACGGGGCAGGGCCACGACAAGCUCCUCUCCCCGGUGCCGGACGUGCAGUACCUCCCGCACCAGUGGUGCGUGUUCGACGACGGCGCCAAGGACAAGGCGAAGCUGCCGGGCAACAUCCAGUACGCGUGCGCCAGCGGCGACUGCACGGCGCUCGGCUACGGCUGCUCCUGCAACGGGCUGGACGAGAAGAGCAACAUCUCCUACGCCUUCAACAUGUACUUCCAGAUGCAGGACCAGGACGUGCGCGCCUGCGACUUCGACGGGCUCGCCAAGAUCACCGAAAAGAACGCCUCGGCGCGCGGAUGCCUGUUCCCGAUCCAGGUCCUCAGCGCCGGCGCCCGGGCGGCGCCGGGGAUCGGGUGGGCGGCGGCGAUCAUGGCCUUGGCCGUGAUGAUGUUCGUGUAG